AUGCCCAUUGCAUAUCGUUUACGUUCAAGUAAAAAGAAUUUUGAUAAUAAUAUACAAUCCGGUACAACACCCGAGCAACAACUUUCAACUCCUUCCAAUAAACCUUCAAAAUCGAAGGCGAAGAAAAAUGUGAACUCUUCAAAGAAUUCAAAACCUAAAUCAUCAGUUGUAAAAGGUUCAAAGAAAACAGAAACAAAAGAUGAUACUGAUACUGAGCAUUCAUCUGCCGCUGAUCAAAACAUUCAGAUUCCUGAAAAUAGUAAAAUAACUCCAGGAAUCGAUGAAAUUGUUUCUUUAAGUAAAGAUUCAUCAAUUGAAACAUUAAAACCAAACGAUAUUGAUAAAUCAAAGUCCAUCGAAACAAAUAGUCAAAAUCAAUGUAUUAAUGAUACAGCUGAAGAAAGUCAGCCAAUUAAUGAGACCGAGGAUAAAAAUGAAUCAGCAACUUUAGAGAAGAAUGAAACGAAUGAUAAUGAAUUGCGAGACCCUGUAGAUAAUAUAGCUGAAAAUAUUCAGGGAAACUUAGAGACAAGCGAAGCUCAGGUAGAUUCAAAGAAAAGUGUACCUUCUGAAACAAACAACGUGGUAGAACAAACUACUUCACAGACUGACUCCGGUGAUGAAGCCCCUGAGACAAUUUCUAUGUCAACUAGCAGAAUUCAAGCAUUGGAUAUCAAAAAGAAAGAGCGUGAAGUGCAACAAAAGUCAUUGGAAAUUAAGAAACGAAAACGUCGUGAAAUUGAUGCUAAAUUAAAAGAACAAAAAAGUCGUAAAGCGGCUAAAUUAGAGAAAUCAACUGAUCCCAGAGAUUCUAAAGAAGAAAUUGAUAUUAUAAAAAAAAUAAAUGAAGAAGGUUUACCAAGAUUCUUGCCCACAGAGUUAUUAAAAGAUUUACCGAAUGAUGAUAAAGUUAAAAAAAAAAGAAAACAACCGGAGGAACCUAUGCAAAUAAAGUCUAAAAUGAGCAAAACUGAACUACAAAGUAAAAAGGAAAAAUCUAGGAAACAACCUAACACAGGACCUUUCACCGUUGUUGCUUUGCAAGAUCCUAAUUUUGAUAAGUCAACUCCAAUUGCCAAAGGAGUUGCAGAAUUUAAGGAGGAUCAUUUUUAUGGAGAAAGAUUACCCAGAAAAAACGGUAAAAUCACACGAACAUAA